GUUAUUUUCUCUCAAUUGUAUUUCUGUUUCGCUUGGCUCUAAGACUAAGUAUACUGUAUUGCUAUUAGUGUCAUAAAAGAUGCAUUUUUCAAUUCCGGAUACUGAAGAAAUCGAAGAUUCAACUGGUUCAUCAUACAAGGUGUUUAACGUGCAUGUGAAUGGAGUGCUUCAUUGUAGUGUAAGAUACAGUCAGUUGCAUGAUUUAAACAAUCAGUUUCGGAAAGAAUUGAAGCUAAAAACGCUGCCUCAAUUUCCACCAAAGAAACUUCUGCAGCUGAAUGAUUCCAAUCUUAAGGAACGCAGAGUUCAGCUAGAAAAAUAUAUUCAAGAAGUGAGUCAAGAUCCAAUGUUAUCAAAUAGUGAUAUAUUCAAUGCAUUUCUAAGAAGAGCACAACAGGAAACUAGAAGAGAAGAAUCGAUUCCUGUUUCUCUGAAUAUUUAUCUUUUAAAUGGAUCUAAAGUUCAGCUAAACAUCAGCAGCACAGAUCAAACUGAUGAUGUUCUUGAGAAUACGAUUGUAACUAUUGGUCUUCCAGAAGAUUUGACUUAUUACUUUGGGUUAUAUCUUGUUCGUUCAGAUAAUCAGCCUACAGUUAUACGACAACUACAGGACUUUGAAUGUCCGUACAUCUCUUUAAAAAGUUUGAAUGAUCGACGUUUAUACAAAAUUGUCAUCAGAAAAUCUUACUGGGAUCAGUGCUAUGAUGAGAUUUACAAAACAGACCGAACUGCCUUAAACCUUCUGCAUUCACAGGCUGAAAAUGAUGUUAAAGUAGGAUGGACAGGUUGUUCUGAUGCAGCAAAAGUACAACUGACUACUUUUAACAAGAGAGGGUCAAAGAAAGAGUUUUUAGAAUUAUGCCAAACUCUUCAAAACUAUGGAUACAUUCAAUUUAAACCAUGUGUCAGCGAUUUUCCAGAGAAAAACAGCCGAGUCAUUAUCAGUGCAGGUCAACGAAUGAAUCGGAUGAUCCAGUGUUACAAUUUGAAUACUUGGUUGGUAAGGAUAAUCUUCAAUGGAUAACAUUACAGAGUGAACAGGCAAUAAUGCUGAGCAUGUGUAUUAAAUCAAUGGUGGAUGAAUUGCUUCGUAAGAGAAAAGGUGACAAGAUUAGGAAGCCUUCUGACAGAAUCCAAGACAAAACCAAACCAACUUUCAAACCACGAGAUAAAACAACGGAAUGUUUGUUUGAUGCUUCAGAGAUCCAGGUGCUGGAGAGAGAAGGUGCAAGUAAUGUAGAAAAGGCUAAAGAAUCCGUAAAAAAGAUAACAGAAAAGUUGGCAAGCGUUUCUAUUCUUUCAAAACCUGUUACAACCGAUGGUGUAAAUCAUUCCAAUGACGUCACUCAGUCAGUUGCUUCGUUUGAACCAAUCGGAGACGAUGAUUUAUAAGCGUGUGGCAACCGUCGAUAAAGUUUCGGUUUUAUGAUUUAUUUAAAGUCAUUUGAACAAGUGUUCCUAUUUAUUUAACUUCUUUUUUUUCUUCAGUAUUAAUACAGUGUUUGUAUGCAAGUGCCUUUUAUAUUAUUAUUGGUGCAAUCAUCUAAGUAAUUCCAUGUACAGAGUUAACAUUCAAUAUGUUACGUGCUGUGUGUAUUUAUAUUCGCCCAUGAUUGUAAUUUAUCAGUUGGAUUUUGUUUAACAAAUGAUAUUGUGGUAUGAAUUAAGUGCUGUUAAUUAUUAUAAAGUAUUUUGGUAGGUUUUAUGUAACUCCACGGCAAGCGAAACCUAUAUAAUGGCCUUUGUUAUCGCACUGUAAUUACCGCAUUAUGUUUUCAGGUUGUUGGUCGAUUAUGUUGAUUCCACAUUGCCUUAUACACUUUUAUUAUAUGCCUCAUCGUCGCUUCUUUAACGCUAUCGUCAUUUGCAUUACGCAGAAAAUGUUUCAUUUAAGGCGGAUAUAAAGCAAUCUUCCCACCAAACACAAUAAACAUUCCCUACCGAUCA